AUGGCCGGUAUUAUCGCCAUUUAUGGUUUGGUGGUGUCGGUGUUGUUGUCGGACUCGUUGAAACAACAGCAACCCUUGUACUCGGGUUUCAUUCAGUUGGGUGCCGGUUUGUCGGUCGGUUUGUCCGGUUUGGCUGCUGGUUUCGCCAUCGGUAUUGUUGGUGACGCUGGUGUCAGAGGUACCGCUCAACAACCAAGAUUGUUCGUUGGAAUGAUUUUGAUUUUAAUUUUCGCUGAAGUGUUGGGUUUGUACGGUUUGAUUGUCGCCUUGUUGUUGAACUCGAGAAUCGGCCCUGAUCUCAAAUGUUAG